AUGGCUGGCAGUGGCAACGAACACAGACUAAGCCUUGAACCUGAGAAACAGAGCCUUCUCAAUCGCCACACCGAGAAGCACUUCACCGCCGGAGAGAUCGUUCGUGAUAUCAUCAUCGGUGUCUCCGAUGGUCUCACUGUUCCAUUCGCCCUGGCCGCGGGUCUCUCUGGCGCCAAUGCUACUUCUUCCAUUGUCCUUACUGCCGGUAUCGCCGAAGUCGCCGCCGGUGCAAUCUCCAUGGGUCUCGGAGGUUAUUUGGCGGCAAAAGGUGAAGCUGAUCAUUACAAUAGAGAAUUGAAAAGGGAACAAGAAGAAAUCAUCGCCGUACCAGAAACUGAAGCUGCUGAGGUGGGAGAAAUAUUAGCUGAAUAUGGGAUAGAGGAACAUGAAUAUGGACCUGUUGUGAAUGCUCUCAGAAAGAAUCCUCAAGCAUGGCUUGAUUUCAUGAUGAAAUUUGAGCUGGGAUUAGAGAAGCCAGAUCCAAGGAGAGCAUUGUAUAGUGCAAUGACCAUUGCCAUUGCUUAUGUAUUGGGUGGACUUGUUCCUCUCAGUCCUUACAUGUUCAUUCCAAAGGCAACAGAAGCUGUUCUGGUUUCAGUAAUUGUUACUUUGAUUGCUUUGUUUGUCUUUGGCUUUGUCAAAGGAUGCUUCACCGGCAACAAACCUAUCAGAAGUGCUUUGGAAACUACUCUUAUCGGCGCCGUUGCCUCUGCUGCUGCUUAUGGUUUGGCAAAGGCUUUUCAUCCAUAG